AUUCAAAUCAAUUAAAUCCGCGACAUUAUAUUCGUGAGUUUGAAUAUCUACCGCGAAAAAGGCGCCACUAGGAAAUUACUGAGGAAUCUACAUUACUAGAGUAUCUCUAGAUAUGGGGAAUGCGCCGUCUAGGUAUUAUAUGUCUAUGCAAAUAACACAGUGAGGAUAAAAAAAAGAUACGUUGAUAGUCGAUAUGUCGUCUCUAUCAACCCCUAAAGCGGUAAUCGAGAAAAAAUCCAAGGAUUCAUUAUCCGAUAAUGAUGAAAAAGUGAAUAGGGAAGUUGAGAGUGUAAAUAAACCAUUACAACAAAAUGAUGAUGAGAGAGGAGAGCGAACCGAUGUGGCUGAGAGUUCAGAAUCGCGAAAGAGAAAUCAUGAUGACAAUGAGCACGCCAAGAAGUCAAAAUUGGUGAAGUGCAACACUAGAGCGGAAACAUCGACGAGUGGGGUCCCGUCGGAUUUAUCGACUGGAAGCGGCAGGGAUGUUGUUGAAGCAGAGGACAAAGCUGCCGAUCACACGAAGGUUGUUGCACAGUAUUACAAUGCCUUGGAGGAGAAGGGACUGUCUCAAAGAGCACAGAGUCGAAUUGUUUUCAUGAGGAACUUCAAUAAUUGGAUUAAGAGCAUGUUGAUAA